AUGGAGGCGGCUAUCAAGCUCGCGAGGCAAUACUUUAUCGAGGUCAAACCAUCACAGCCGCAGAGGACUCGCUUUAUCUCACGGAGACAGUCUUACCACGGCAUCACCCUUGGGGCGUUGGCCAUGGGUGGUCACAUGUACAGACGCGAAAAGUUUGAACCACUCUUGAUGAAAAACGUUUCCCAGGUCUCUCCAUGCAACGAAUCCCGGUUCAAAGCUCCCACAAAGACCAACGAGGAAUAUGUCGCGGAGCUGGCGCAAGAGCUCGAUGAGGAGUUCCGGAAGGUUGGGCCCGAGACUGUCUGCGCUUUUGUUGCCGAGCCUAUCGUCGGUGCAGCUCAAGGCUGUGUGCCGUCGGUCCCCGGAUACUUCAAGGCUAUGAAAGCCGUGUGUGACAAAUAUGGGGCACUUCUGAUUUUCGACGAAGUGAUGUGUGGCAUGGGCCGCAGUGGUACCUUGCACGCAUGGCAACAGGAGGGUGUCGUUCCAGAUAUCCAAACCAUCGGAAAGGCGCUUGGUGGUGGCUAUCAACCAAUAGCUGGGCUGUUGGCCAACCACAAGGUCAUUGAUGGAAUCGCGAAAGGAAGCUCUGUAUUCGUUCACGGUCACACCUACCAAGGCCAUCCAGCUUGCUGUGCGGCUGCCCUCGAAGUCCAGCGCAUCAUCCAAGAAGAAAGCCUCGUGGCAAAUGUCGCUAGCAUGGGCCGCUUGCUAUCUCAAGGGCUGAAAAGGCGUAUUGGCAACCACCCGAAUGUCGCUGAUAUUCGAGGUCGUGGUCUGUUCUGGGGAAUUGAGUUUGUUUCGGACAAGAAAAGCUCGACACCAUUCCCGGAAGAAGUUCAUGUAGCCAUGGUCAUCAGCAAGCUUGGAUUGGACCCCAAAUACGGCAUCAAUGUAUAUCCUGGAGCAGGCUCGGCGGACGGGCGUCUGGGGGACCAUAUCAUAAUCUCGCCGGCCUUCAAUAUUCGGAAAGAGGAUGUUGAGUGGAUUGUGGAGACAGUUGGCAGGCUGGUAGACGACUACUUUGCAACGCUUCAAGUUUGAAGUCGUUUAAUGGGGGCGGGGAUCUGAUUUUCUGCUUGAGCGGAAGACUUGUAUUGUAUAAGAAUGGAGCAAUGUGCUGGACACGACUCCUCUGUUAUAAGAAAAUUCCCAUCAUUUUUUUUUGUGCGCACAAA